CGAGAAUGACCGCUUCACCUCACGUCAGAGCAAGUUACGUCGUGAUGGGUGGCGGCCGGAUGAAGAAAUCAAGGAAGGUUGGCACGUCGGCGGCGGCGUCCCCGCUGGCCAAGGCGUCAAGACCGCCAAUCUGACGAACAUGAAAGGUGAAAGCAUUUCGAAGCUGCCAAUCGAGGAUGCCAAAUGGGACAAAAAGAGCCGUUUGAAACAAUGGGAAGAAUGGCGAAAGAAACACCCCUGGAUCACCCCGCCACCCAGCAUCGCUGGCCUGCGUGAAGGGCAAGGGAAGACACAAAACAAAAGUCUGCCACCGUCGAAUGUCUCCCCUGGGCAGUGGGCCUGCAAGGUUAUAGGAAACUGUCAACCAUGUCCAGAGGACUCGCUACACUUUCCGUAUUGUCAGCCUUAUGCCAACCGUCUUCCAGUCUCAUGCGCUCCACUGUCAAGCAGCACGAACUCUGCAAGUCCUCAAAGCACUGAAUACAUUAAAGGCUGGCAGCAGUGCGGCAAAUCCGUCUCGCAAGAGCGCUGGGACUACUUUGAGUUCACCGUCUUCACCGCUUUCAUUGCAGUCAUCGGUCUCAUAGUGUUUAUCCGUCGACAAAAGAUAUUGUCCGAACGGCAUUAUAGUGUACUAAAUCAGCGAAUCAACAGUUGAAAGAAAGCUGCCUGCGCCGUGUGCGUGUGCUGGCCUUCGAGUGCAUGGCGUUCAUGCCUCACCUGGACGUCGUAUCCGUCAGUCUUGCUAUCGCCUAUAACUUCAUUGCCUCGGCCAGCAGGCACGUGCUGCACAUAUUUGUAUAUACAUCGCACGGCAUA